UAAAUGUUUUCAUCCUCUUGGAGUGUGGUCCCGUGACUAAUUUCAUUUGAAUUUGAGCACAAACCUCUAGAUGUUUCCUGUUUCGAGCUACCCCUCCACUGAAGCUCGGAGUGGAUGGUAGAAAGUACACGCUUUACCGUUGAGUACGUUUCCCAUAGUUGAGUCAAACUCACCGGAUUUUGUCCUCGUUUUUUACCGACACAUUAAUUUGCCUUCAGCGCGACACGUCAUUGGAGUUAGUUGGAGCAGUGAACCAGGAUGGGGAUGGUCCAGUCGUCAAUGUGAGCUCUGUCCAGGACCGGACGCUGUGUAGGAGUGCUGAGGGGCUUGACCUGUUGACCCUUAAACCUCUGAACUCUGACCGCUCCAGCUCAGGAUGGAGGAACAGUCCAGCUACCCCAACGUCAGCAUUCCCUGCUACCCCAACGUCAGCAUUCCCUGCUACCCCAACGUCAGCAUUCCCUGCUACCCCAACGUCAGCAUUCCCUGCUACCCCAACGUCAGCAUUCCCUGCUACCCCAACGUCAGCAUUCCCUGCUACCCCAACGUCAGCAUUCCCUGCUACCCCAACGUCAGCAUUCCCUGCUACCCCAACGUCAGCAUUCCCUGCUACCCCAACGUCAGCAUUCCCUGCUACAAUGAGCAGAGGGACAAGAAGAAGCGCUACACUGUUUACAAAGUGAUGGUCAAUGUAGGAAGACAUGAGUGGUUUGUCUUCAGGCGAUACGCAGAGUUUGACAAGCUCUACAACACAUUGAGGAAACAGUUUCCAUCUUUGAACUUGAAAAUCCCACCCAAGAGAAUAUUUGGGGACAACUUUGACCCAGAGUUUAUCAAGCAAAGAAGAACAGGUUUACAUGAGUUCAUUCAAAGACUGGUCUCACAUCCUCAGCUCAGAAACCAGCCUGAUGUCAGAGCAUUCCUGCAGAUGGACAAAUCUCAAAACUUCUCAGACCCAUCAGAAGAUGAAGAUGACAAGAACGGCUCUACCUCCAGAAAUAUUAACCUGGGACCGUCUGGAAAUCCACAUGCAAAGCCCACAGACUUUGACUUUCUUAAAGUCAUUGGAAAGGGGAGCUUUGGAAAGGUUCUCCUUGCUAAACGGAAACUGGACGGAAAGUAUUACGCAAUCAAGGUCCUGCAGAAAAGGGUCAUCCUCAACAGGAGAGAGCAAAAACACAUCAUGGCGGAGCGCAAUGUGCUACUGAAGAACAUGAAACACCCUUUCCUGGUUGGCUUGCAUUAUUCCUUCCAGACCACUGACCAGUUGUACUUCGUCUUGGAUUUUGUCAACGGGGGAGAACUCUUCUUCCAUCUUCAAAAAGAACAGACCUUUCCGGAACCCAGAGCCAAGUUCUACAUCGCAGAAAUCGCAAGCGCACUGGGCUAUCUGCAUUCUCUUAAUAUAGUUUACAGGGAUUUGAAGCCAGAAAAUAUCCUUCUCGACUCUGAAGGACAUAUAGUUUUGACUGACUUCGGGUUGUGCAAGGAAGGCAUUUCCCAAGCCGAGACGACAAGCACAUUUUGUGGGACACCAGAGUACCUAGCUCCAGAGGUCCUGAGGAAACAACCAUAUGACAACACAGUGGACUGGUGGUGUCUGGGAUCAGUGCUCUAUGAAAUGCUCUUUGGCCUGCCUCCGUUCUACAGCAGAGACACCCAUGAGAUGUAUGACAACAUCCUUCACAAGCCCCUGAUGAUGCGUCCCGGAGCGUCCAACACGGCCUGGUCCCUCCUGCAGGCUCUACUGGAGAAGGACGGCACACACAGACUGGGCUCCAGAGAUGAUUUUAAUGAGAUCAAAGAGCACUACUUCUUCUCAGAGAUCAACUGGGAUGACCUGGAACAGAGGAAGGUUCCACCUCCAUUCACUCCCAAUGUGAAUUCUCCUCAUGACAUCACAAACUUUGAUCCAGAAUUCACAGGCGAGACUGUUACGAACUCUGUGUGCUAUACUGAAGAUUCCAUAGUCAACACCAUUGUGAUGGAGGCUGACGAUGCCUUCCUAGGUUUCUCCUAUGCACCACCCUCAGAUGACUCCUUUCUAUGAAAGACUCGCUGUGAGUCCCUGCCCCAGAGUUCUGUGAAAUUGCCUUAACUCCGUGUUCUUCCAUCAUGGUCCUGUUGAUCCACAGGGUAUGCAGGCUUUUGUUCCAACCCAGUAGAGCUUGUUGAAUCAUGUGUGUUAGUGCUGGGCUGGAAGGAAGGCCUGCCCACCCUGCUGGUCUCCAGGAUCAGGACUGAAGAACAGUGCCUUAACCUGUCCAGAUUCUUUUGAAUAAAAGGGAACUCAUACUGGAUGAACCUGUAAAGUGAGCAGAAGUUGUGAUCAGACAGCACUUAUGAAUAUGGUUUGGGCUGCAGUGUGUCAAGAAAUCUUUAUUUUUACCUAAUUAUAUUUAUAUAACAAUAUAUUUUUAAGAAAUGUAGGCCAUCUUUCUUGACACGUAUUGUUUGUUGGCUUAUGUUGAUCCACAAAAAAGUGGUGUCAAUGUUGGUCCUUUUGGUUUGAAGAAAAGAUAAACAUUCAGUGUCUUUUCAGGAUGGGAUGGGUAACACUAAUCCCCAAAAUAAAAUCCAAGUUUAGAACUAGAAUCUUUCAUUAAAACAAUACCAAGGCAUUGUGCUCUCCACUUCUCUCUACAAAGCUACGGGAUGGUGCUGGAGAAAUGUAACCGCUUUCAAAUUCAUAGACCGCUAUGGAUACAAGGACUGACCAUCCAUGAUAUCAAAUGUAUAGUUUUGAGGCUAUACAUUGUUUACAAACUUAUUUUGGAUUCUAAUGGGUACAACAGGUGAACUAAGCUCAUGAGGCAUUCGUGAGUUGUAAUUCUUCAAUAAUCAAUGGGUAUAUACAUUGAGUGGACAAAGCAUUAGGAACAUCUGCUCUUUUCAUUACAAAUUGACCAGGUGAAUCCAGUUGAAAGCUAUGAUCUCUUAUUGAGGUCACUUGUUAAAAUCCACUUCAAUCAGUGUAGAGGAAGGGGAGGCGACGGGUUAAAUGAUUUUUGGGCCUCGAGACAAUUGAGACAUGGAUUGUGUGCCAGUCAGAGGGUGAAUUGGCAAGACAAAAUAUUUAAGUGCCUUUGAACGGAGUAUGGUAGUAGGUGCCAGGCGGACCGGUUUGAGUGUGUCAACUACAACGCUACUGGGUUUUUCACGCUCAACUGUUUUCCGUGUGUAUCAAGAAUGGUCCACCACCCAAAGGACAUCCAGACAACUUUACACGACUGUGGGAAGUAUUUGAGUCAACCUGGGCCAGCAUCCCUGUGGAACACUAUUGACACCUUGAUGAAUUGAAGCUGUUCUGAGGGGAAAAGGUGGUGCAAAUCAGUAUUAGGAAGGUGUUCUUAAUGUUUUGUACACAGUGUAUAUACCCAUUGAUUAUUGAAGAAUAUAACUCACAAAUGCCUCAUGAGCUUAGUUCACCUGUUGUACCCGUUAGAACCCAAAAUAAGUAUGGAGCAACUAAGGAUUCUAGCUUUAAGAGUGGAAGUGAGGAAAGAAACCACUUCCUCAAUCAUUUCUGUUCCACUUUAAAAACAGACUGUGGCCUUUAAUGAAAUGACAGUGAACAUGUUAUAUUCUCUCAGAAGAACAGCUGAAAGGAAUUGUGUUUUGUCUCUUCUCUCUUUAAAAGAUGGCUUAUGGUUCAUUUUUUUUCUCAAUGGGGGAAUACUUGAGAGGUCACUGAAUAGAGUCUUGUGUUGACAAAGGUAAUUUCAGUUCAUAUUUUGAUGAAGUUCAUAGACUUUUUCUGUGAUGGCUCCAUCCAUGACUUUACUUUGCAAACAGAUGCUGAGCCAUCUGAUAGCUAGAAAGCAAUGUUGCUUGCUUGCCUGUCUGUAUUAUAGCUUACAUCUCUUAAACUUGCUUUAAUAUUACUCAAAUCCUCAACCACCAUCAUUUUGGGUUUUCACACAAUUUCUAGGUAGUGAGUGUGGUCAAGUCCUCAUUGUUCAAUAUAAUGCUUUAGAUGAGAAGUCCUGUACACAAAAUAAGAAUGAAACAACUAUGUAGUGUGUUUUAGGAUGUACAGUGUAUUCAGAAAGUAUUCAGACGCCUUGACUUUUUCCACAUUUUGUUACGUUACAGCCUUAUUCUAAAAUGGAUUAAAUAAAAAAUACCCCAUAAUA